AUGGAUUUUCAACGGAAGCGGAAGCGCAGUCGCUGGAAUGAUGAAACCCCAGAUCAGAAGACCAUAAUUCCUGGGAUGCCAACAGUUAUACCCCCAGGACUCAGCCGUGAGCAAGAGAGAGCAUAUAUAGUUCAACUGCAAAUUGAGGAUCUCACUCGCAAGCUUCGCACUGGAGACCUGGGAAUACCCCCUAACCCAGAAGACAGAUCGCCAUCUCCUGAACCCAUUUAUAAUAGUGAAGGAAAGCGCCUGAACACACGCGAGUUCAGAACACGAAAGAAAUUGGAAGAGGAGCGUCACAACCUGAUCACAGAAAUGGUGGGAUUGAAUCCAGACUUUAAGCCACCUGCCGACUACAAACCACCUGCUACACGAGUCAGUGAUAAGGUUAUGAUUCCCCAGGAUGAGUACCCAGAGAUCAAUUUUGUGGGUUUGCUGAUUGGUCCAAGAGGAAAUACACUGAAAAAUAUUGAGAAAGAAUGUAAUGCUAAAAUUAUGAUUCGGGGAAAAGGGUCGGUGAAAGAGGGAAAGGUGGCCCGCAAAGAUGGGCAGACCCUUCCUGGCGAGGAUGAGCCACUUCAUGCCUUGGUAACAGCCAAUACUAUGGAAAAUGUCAAGAAAGCUGUAGAUCAGAUUCGGAAUAUCCUCAAACAAGGUAUAGAGACUCCAGAGGAUCAGAAUGACCUUCGCAAGAUGCAAUUGCGUGAGUUAGCACGGCUGAAUGGUACUCUGCGUGAAGAUGACAAUAGGAUACUACGGCCCUGGCAAAGUACUGAAACACGUACCAUUACAAACACCACGCUGUGUACAAAGUGUGGAGGAGCUGGUCAUAUUGCUUCGGAUUGCAAGUUUACAAGUGUUCAGGUGCGACCUGGAGAACCUCAGUCUGCCCAGGAUAAAGCAAGGAUGGAUAAAGAAUAUCUCUCUCUCAUGGCAGAACUGGGUGAAGCUCCUGUGCCUUCCUCUAUAGGAGCCACAACUACUCAGUCCCACAAUCCUGUUCAAGGAGGUCCAAGGCCAAUUAACAUGGCAGGAAGCCAACCACCGCUGAAUCGUCCUCCCUGGAUGGCCACGGAUAGGCCAUAUCCGGCUUUGCAUGGUGCGCCUCACUCUUUCCCUGGUCCUAUGGGAGGAGCAGGAAACGGCCCACCCAUGCAGCAUAGUCCUGCUGGUCCUCAUCCUCACUGGAUGCAGCCACAUCCUGGAGCCCAUCCACCUGGUCCCCAUCCCAUGGGUCUCUUGCAUUCUCACCCCAUGGGCUUAAUGCCACCUCCACCACCACCACCACCUACUGGCCCAGCACCACCACCACCGUCAGCCCCUAAUUUGCCUCCCUGGCAGCAACAAGCAACAGCUGCCCCUCUACAGCAAACUGCACCCCUUUCUUGGCAGCAAACCUCACAAAACACAUCUGCCUCUCUUCCUCCAUGGCAGCAGCAAGGAGGAGCCACUGCUUCAUCAGGCACAUCCAUGCAGACGAAUGCUUCCUUGGUGCCGCCUCCUCCGGGUGUUCAACCUCCACUUCCACCUAGUGCUCCUCCACCACCACCUCCUCCUCCUCCAGGAACAUCUGGCCUUCUCUAUGCCCCACCACCUCCACCCCCACCUCCAAUUGAUCCUUCUAACUUUGUAACAAUGAUGGGUAUGGGGGUUCCAGGUAUACCCCCAUUUUCUAUGCCCCCUGCUCCACCACCACCACCUCCCCAAAACUAAGCACGACAAGUUAAUUUGUCGACCAAGCAGACCUUUGCCUUUUCU